UUUCCGGAUUAGGUCCGAUCGAUGUAACACUGAUUCAGUGAUUGUGGCAAGGGUUCGUCCUUCGCUCUCCCUCCCAUCUCCACUCUUCAGACGAAGCAUCCUACAAAUUGAUAUGCAUGCUAUUCAGCAACAAUAUUGGGCCGUUCGCGACUAUCUCAGCCCAGUCCUCAAAGAAAGCAAGUUCAAAGAACACGGACGUAUAACUCCCGAGGAGUUUGUUGCAGCAGGAGACUUCCUAUCAUACAAGUUCCCUGUAUGGACGUGGGAAAAAGGCGACGCGUCCAAAGCCCGCGAUUACCUCCCUGCUGAAAAACAAUAUCUCGUAACUCGCGGCGUCCCCUGCCUUCGACGAGCCACAUCACUGGCUUACACAGACGCCGAUGAAGACGCCGAGAGACUUCUCUCCUUCGGGGAUUCUUCGGGCGCUGCCGACGAGUGGGUAGAAACGCAUGCAGGGCGAGGGGCCACAAUGGACUCUGCUGCGAAUCCAGGCGAGAUCGAUGAUAUCCCGGACUUGGAUGGUGAUGGACUGGCGAGUGCGAUGGCGGAUGUGUCGAUUAGACGCCGGGAUCUAGAUGAUAUCCCUGACAUGGAAGAGGAGGGGCUGGAGGACGGCGAAGAUGAAGCCACGGCGGCACCUGGUUGCGCCCAAGGCGGGCAGGUCGGGGUCGCUAAUGGCAAUCUCCUGCAAGUACGAACGUACGACGUGAUGAUCACAUACGACAAGUAUUACCAAACUCCCCGGAUCUGGCUGCUCGGCUAUGACGAGAAUCGCACACCUUUAACACCAUCGCAGAUCUUCCAAGAUGUCUCAGCAGACCAUGCUCUCAAGACCGUCACUAUCGAAGCCUUCCCACACUCCUCAACGCUCCAAGCAGCCUCCGUACACCCCUGCAAACACGCAAGCGUGAUGAAGAAAGUUAUCGAGCGCAUGAACGCAGGUGUGGUAGAAGAGCAGCUCGCUGCACGGAAGAAUUAUGGCAAGCACCAAGACAAGGAUGGGAAGAAGAAAUGGGGCUUCGGGCGCAAAGGGGGGAAGGAGGAGAACGUGAGGGCGCAGGGGAGGAAGAGGAAACAGUUUGCGAUUAAUAUUGCUAAGCCAAGCUUGAUUAUUCACGUUGUUCCGGUACUUUAG